AGUUAAACAAGGGACUCAGUAUGCUCUUUGAUUUAACGGAGCUCAGUCUGCACCGUGAUGAAAAAAAGGGGAGGGGAGGAAAAGAUUCUGAUCACAUGACAACAAAGUAAUUCUGAAAGUAUGCUGGCAGUGCAUUGCCCACAGCCACAGAAAUAUAAACGUCCUUCACUGCGAGUGAUCGUGUCCAUGUAACGAGCGUCAUUUUCAGAGCUUUGAGUCGCUCCGCAGCAUCGGACUGGUGGAUACAAACAGAAGACGAGCGGGUGACGAAAGCAAAAAAAAAAAAUGUCUAAUCACACUGCAGACUUGUUCAACACUGAGAGGAGCACCACACCUCCAUUUAAUGACAGCUCAACCAUCAUGGCCACUUCCAUUUCAACAGUCUUGCAUACCAAUGAGUUAGAUGUAAUUGCAGCCAAUGAUAUGACCUCCAGAGCAAACUAUGUCUACAGUUUCUUGGCUGGGCUGGGCUUCAUUGCGGGAUGCUUCCUGCUCUACAGCUUCAUUCAGACCUACAGAGCCCAAAGACGGCUAGCCUGGCUCGACUGCCUGCUCUGGGCCUACUGUGGCCUGCAGAUGCUACUCCUACUCUUGUCUCUCCAUGCUGUGGCUUAUAGGCCUGGCUACCUGCGGACCACAGGUUUGGGCUGUGCCAUUCUCUCCUUCAAUAUCAACGCAAUCUCUCUAUGCAGCCUGUUGGUCUUAGUGCUGGUGGCUCACGUCCUAACUCUGGAUCCGCCAUCCCACGCCCUGCUGAGGAAGCCUAGGAUCUGCGUGGCUCUGGUAACCCUGACUUCCAUCCUUAUUUCUGUGCUGCUGGCUGGGCUUCGCGGACCCUGCCAUGGUCUGCAGGAAGAGAGCACUUGUUUUAUGGAUCUAGUUAGUGCUGGUGUUUUGUAUCCAGCUACUAGGUUGUGCUUAGUUUUUCUGAUUCCCUACAUCGUCCAACUGGGACUUUUGAUAGGUGGCUGCUUCCGUCAGUGGAAAUCUAAAGGACGUUUUCUCUCCGGCUCUGAAGAGGGUCCUAUGUUCCUGACAGUCACAGUGGUUGUGUUUUUCUGCCAGCUCUUUUACAGCGUGGUGCUGGUGAGAGGAGCACAACUUGGGAAGGAGGAGCUGAGCCCUCAUGAGCGAGCAUUUGUGAGCGUGGCCGAGUUUGUGCUGUUCUCGGGGAGCAGCACCAGCCUGCUGCUCGUGCUGCUCAUGCACAGGCCGUUUCGAGAGAGUCUCUACGGAGCGCUUAGGCAGCUGAGAGAUUGCUGUCGAAGUCCAGGGCGCACGCAGCCCAACAGAAACAUCAUAGCUCCCCACAUCGAGAUCACGGACACCCUGCAGGACAUAGAGUCAUAGAGGACAAAAACACUCCUCUUUGACAAGAGAACUCUUCUGAUGCAGUCAAUUAAAGACUUUGAACAUCUGAUAGAUUAGACAUAUUCUUACUAUAUUUUUUUAAACACUUUAGCUGGUUAUUUUGCUCUUAGGUGACAAUGUACAUGUUUUUACAUAUACGCAUUCUAAUUUUUAAUGUCUCCAGUAGCUGAAAGCUGGCAAAACUAUUUGGGAAACAUUUGCUAAAAUAUUUUUGUUUUGGUUUAUUGUGUAUUUUUACUAUACAAUAAGUAAGUGAAUAUUCUGCUGUACAUCAUCACAUCUGUGCAACAUACUGGUACAGUCCGUAAUGUUCCUAUAAUAACAAUAUGUUUAUAUAUGAAUUAGGCAGUCAAAAAUGACUUACUGUUUGUAUGAUGUACAGUCUUAUAUGUCUUUUACCUGCUCUUGAACACACCUCUCUUCUAUGAGAACAAACUCUCUUUCCAAGAAAAGAUCUGCACAGAACCUCAUUGAGACUAAAUGCCUGGAAAAACCUCUGCAAUUCCCAAAAUGCCAAAUAGGAAACAUUCAGUAGAGGAAAAUAUAAGCCAGAUUCCAAGUUUAGUACCACAGUGUCAAUGUUCUUCAUGUCAUUACUGUUAAAGCUGUAAAAGAACCAAAACAAGUGACCAACUUUCCAACUCCUUUCAAGAAAGUGAUGGGCACCAGUUCUAGGAAUAACUGACUUGCAUGGAUCAUGUAGUGCAUUGGUGCCAAGACAAAAUAGCACAAAACCAGGGACCAGUAGGAAAAUUAACAUAGGAACCGGGUUGCACAAGAUGUUGGCAUCACGUGAAAUGUCAGACCUCAUUCACACAGUUAAAAUCAUAGUGGCAUAGAUAUAACAUAUAUACAUAUAUAUAUAUAUAUGUUUGUGUGUGUGUGAGAGAAAAUCUUCAGAUGCUACAGCAAUAACAUGGUAAAUCUUCUACAGUCUCAAACAGGUGUAUGAAAUCCAAAACACAAAGCAAAAGCUAAUUUAACUUUCUUUUGGUGCUAAGUACUCUGAAUCCAGAAAAAAUAUUCCCGUCUGUCCUUCAUCUUGUUUAGUGUAAAUAUGCUGUCAGCCUGUCUUCACUAUAAGUGCCGCAAUUCCCAUAUUUAUAUAUUUCAACUUUCCACAAUCAUAGUCGCAUUCACACUUCAGUGCCAGUGUUGACAAGUUGGUUUGAGGUUCUAACAUGACAUAAUUACUUUUGCAGUAUAAUAAUUUCUUAGAAAAACACAUACCAGUGUACAAUAUGAUCAAUUACUGUAUUGCUAAUAAAGUGAAGCCAAAGUCAUGAUAUUUUCAUGUUGGGCUAAAGAGAUCUGAUUUGUGUGUGUGUGUGAGAGAGAGUGUGUCAGCAUUGUGCAUUUGUGUACCUUACUGUAAGUGGUGGGUGGUACCACAACACGUCUCUAGAUUUACUGUAACACCUGAUAUAGUCACAACCACAAGGACGGGGAGGAUUAGACAAUGCAACCCAAGAACACUACAGUUAAAGAAGAAAGUGUGGCCAUCAACACCACUGUACAUCUAGAAGACCACUGUGCAGAAAGAGGAAACGGAUGGCAACACAGACUUCUCAGGGGCUAAAAACCUGUGGGAAACUAAGAACUACAGCAACUUAAAAGAUCAACACAAUAGUGGAAUGUGGACAUGACCAUGCAAGUGGACUACAGACUCAUAACUGAAUAUAACUUGACUGCUCAACUAAAUGACACACAAACAGCAGUUGUCUCUGAUUUCCUGCAUGCGGCUUUAGAGAGCCAUCAGCAUUAUAAUAUUAGUCUCCUGUUCUCCAGUCUCUACACUAUAAUCCUGUUCCCUGUUGGCUUCAUUGGGAACAUCCUCAUCUUGGUGGUCAACCUGGACCACAAAGGCCGUUUGUCAGCCCCAGAUCUCUACUUUGUGAACCUGGCCAUGGCCGACCUCAUCCUUGUGGCUGACUCUCUAAUUGAAGUGUUCAACCUGAAGCAGGGCUACUACGAAAUUGCCAGCCUCUGCACCUUCAUGAAUCUUUUCCAGCAGGUCAACAUGUAUAGCAGCAUCUUCUUCUUAACCUGGAUGAGCUUUGACCGGUUUGUAGCACUGACUGGCUUCAUGGGUCGCAGCAUGCCACGCGCACGCCUCAGCUGCUGCCUUAUAUGGACGUCUUCGUCUUUGCUGACCAUGCUUCCUUUUGCUAUAGCUCAAAGUCAGCACGCUGGUGAACUCCAUUUCUGUUUCGCUAACGUGACCCAGAUUCAGUGGCUGGAGGUGAUGCUGGGUUUCUUGCUGCCUUUCUGCAUCUUGGGUGUGUGCUACUGGAGGAUAGCACAGGUGCUCCAGCAGAGCCAGAGGCAGCAAGGAGGCCCGCAUCAGAGGCCUCGCAGACAGAAAGCCCUGCGGAUGAUUUCAGCAGCUGUGUGCAUCUUCUUCCUCUGCUGGCUCCCAGAAAAUGUGUUUGUAAGUGUUCACCUUCUAAGAGGUGACACAGACGGUGGCACUCUGUGGGAGGACUACCCCCUGACAGGUCAUGUGGUCAGGCUGGCUGCAUUUUCCAACAGCUGCCUGAACCCACUCAUCUAUGGUUUCCUUGGGGAGACCUUUCAGGAUAAACUGAGGAUUUUUCUCCAGCAGAGAAGCAGAUGGACCAAGCUGUACAGGUCAACCUCCAGAAAACCUAUCUACGUAUCAGCUGCAAGCACCAGCAUACAUGAAACACACGAUAGACCAAGCCAGUCCACAAAUUUAAGCUCAAACAUCCCUCCACAAACUGUUUUACUCCCCUCAAAUAAAUACAGUGGGUCACACAGAUAAUAGAUAGCAACAUGUCUGUGCUAUGAGCGUAAAGACGGUUAUUAUUAAUAACAAUUCAAAUGUUGUGGAAGCUUUUCUGAAUACAUUAAUUGCAACAUUCUUACCUCAAUUGGCUUUGCCUUCUGCAGUUGAUCUGUCAUUUGUUUCUUUUUUCGUUUCUUUUCCUGUUUUUUAUCAUCUGUUGUGAUCUGUACAGGAGCCUCCUGAAUUGAAUAAAAAUUUUAUAUUAUUAUUA